AUGCUAUGCGAGCAUCUCUGCGACUCAUCUCUUAUUGUCACUGCAACUCGGGACCGUGAUCUGCCCGGAGAUCACUCGCAGCUGGGUUACAAGCGUCUGCUCCAACCAUCUGACAGCGUCACAACUGCUCUCCGAGGCACCGCGAAAUUCGGCAAGCAGAUCCAACGCCAGCAGUUGGAUCUCCCUGAAUAUGCGGCCAGUUUCCUCAACUACAAGGCCCUCAAAAGGCUCAUCAAGCAACUCAGUGCCACUCCUACCAUUAGUGCCCAAGGAGGUCCUGCCACCCUCGACGCACAGGCGGCUCUCAGGGCAAAUAAGGAGGUUUUCUUUUUUCGGCUGGAACGUGAGAUAGAAAAGGUCAACGUCUUCUAUCUCCAGAAAGAGGCAGAGUUUUCGCUUCGUCUCAAAACAUUGCUCGACAAGAAAAGAGUUAUUCAAGCAAGAAUAGCCGCCAGUUCCAGACUCUCUGCGAGCUUCGCGACGCUAGUCGAGGGUUUCCAACAAUUCGACAAUGAUCUCAACAAGCUUCAACAAUUUGUGGAAGUCAAUGAAACUGCAAUUUCGAAAAUCCUGAAGAAGUGGGACAAAACAUCCAAGUCAAGAACGAAAGAGAUCUACCUCCAACGAGCCGUCGAAAUCCAACCGUGCUUCAAUCGCGAUGUACUCCGGGACCUCGCCGACCGAGCGACCACAGCGAGACUCGACUUGGAAGCAUGGGCUGAGGGUGAAAACAUUCAGUACGAGGUAUCUAGGCAACAAGACCGAACGAUUGGACAACGUGUGGGCACGGAAGAGAGCGAUAUCGACAUUCAGAUCCUUCAGGCCUCGGCCGCGGGUAACACUGGCGCUCUACGGGAAUGGUUUGCGAGACUGGGCAGUUCUCCAGAUGCACGCGACCGUUUCACCAGAAUAUUCCUUGCCACAAUCUCUGAAGCACCUGACGAUUCUUUGAGCCUAUUCCUAAACUCAGGUCUGGUCGAUAUUCAUGCUGAGGAUGACAUCAACGAGCGAAACUGUUUGCACGAAGCUGCAAUUUAUGGCAAAGAGAUUGUACUGGACUUUGCCCUCAGCCAUGGAGUUGACCUUGCCCGUUUGGACGUGUAUGGCAGGGUACCAUUGCACUAUGCAUGCUUGAGAGGACGCCUGGCAAUGGUCGAAAAAUUGUUGGCCGCAGGGCCGAACACCAUCGACAUGAAAGAUCAUGACAACUUUACGCCGCUGAUCCACAGCAUUGUGCGGCACCGAGUCGACUGUGUUCGCCUUCUCCUUGCCAGCAAUGCAAGGAUCGACCCACAAUCUGACGCAGACCACAUUCCCUUGAACUUGGCCUGUCAGCAUGGAUCUAUCGAAGUGGCUGCUUUGCUGUUGGAAAGAAACGCAAAACUUCUUCCUGACGCAGAGGGUCUAUUCCCCCAACAUCUCGUCGCCCGUUCGAGCGAAAAGGCCGAUCUGCUUCUCCUUCUACGGCAGCACGGAGCGGAUUUGAACCAGCGCGACAAGUUGUACCAAUGGACGCCACUAUUCCAUGCAGCAAGCGAGGGUCGAGUCGAGUGCUUGCGGGCACUGCUUGAAAACAGUGCUGACCCCGAGGCACUAGACGAAAAGGGCCUCACAGCCAUGUAUUAUGCAACAUGGGAAGGCCACUUGGAAUGUAUGGAACUUCUCUGGGAGCAAAGUAGCCACCAUCGCGCCGAACGCAGAUCUUCCACCAUGUUGGGAGCCGUGGUCCCUCCCCAUAACCAGAUGUUGGCAAUGGAGAUUACGCCCGAGGAGCCUACCGGUGCCGACGGCGACGGGAUCCCUGAUCUCUCCCUGCCGCCCCCGAUCAUACCACUGCGCCGCUACGGACACAACUUCCUCGAUACGAAGACCUUUAUUGCCCUCAACUUUGACCGGACAUCGAAAGCCAUCAAAUUCUUCAACGAGGCGAGGUAUCCUGCCGCUCGCUUAACCAUUUCCUCGAAAACAUCCGACCUCAUUCCCCGUAAUUUAAUGCUGCCGAUACAGGAGGAUGCUAGAUCGGUCUACUUUCAGGUCGACAAUCUCAGCACCUUCUCUGUGGAUUUCGAGAUCUACCCGACCUUCGGAUCCAAAGUGAUAGCCAAGUCGGUCGCCCUGCCGGAUGUCUUUCGGGCUAUUCAGAGCAGCGCUGGCAACUGCUGCCUUCCACUGUUUGACCCAAGGCUCCGGUCGGUGGGCCAGAUCCAGUUCGAUUUCCAAGUCAUUAAGCCGUACAACGGUACGCCGCUUGAGAUCACACAAUUCGCGCCGUACUGGAAAGCUACGAGCGCUCUCGACGAUCACAGUGGAUUGGUCACAGGCUCGAGCCUCUCCGGAGACUACCUCAGGUUGACGAUACACCUUACCCGGGACGGUGUCCCUGUGAGCUACCCAUCUUAUUUCGUGACGUACAACAACCUCGACGUCUCCCUAUGUCAGCUCAAAUACGAGGUACUCGUGAAACUGGGCAUGACCAGCGGUCUUCUCAACCGCGACGGUACACCGAUACUGGAAAGUACGGAUAUCCUCGAGUGGCGCAAUCGACUUUCCGGCUCGAUCUUUUCUCUGCGCGAGAUUCUAGCCGCGGUACCACCACAUAUUAACCUCAACCUGCACGUCUUGUAUCCAACAAGCCACGAGGAUCUCAAUCUGGGUGUCUAUUCCAAUAUUGACAUUAACACUUUCGCUGAUGCGAUUCUGACCGAAGUCUUUGAUCACGCGAGAGCCCUGCGCGCACAAAAUCCAGAUUUGACUCGUUCUAUAGUGUUCUCUUCAUUCAACAGCAACAUCUGCACGGCCCUGAACUGGAAGCAGCCAAAUUUCCCUGUCUUACUUUGCAACGACUUGGGUGGCGUGCAAAGCGCUUACCACUCCUCCGCAAAUCUCCUUGAACCUGCUACCCGACGGGGGACGUCGAUCAAGGAGUCUGCACGCUUGGCACAGCUGAACAACUUCAUGGGCUUGACUUGCUCGUCCCGGAUUUUACAGAUGGUGCCUGCUUUAACAGAGACCAUUAAGCAAGCAGGGCUGGUGCUUGUGUCUGAUGCAUCGGCGGACGACGAUCGUGGACGCCAACAGCAAUCUCACUCGCACGGGCAAGCGCAGAGCUCGGGAUUCGCGAUGAUGCCGGACGGUGUCAACGGGGUUAUGAAGGCGAAUGGCAUUCUACGAUUCAACGAGACAGUCGACAUGUGA